ACUCUCUCCAUGCCCCAGAUAUCAGGCCUUGGAGGCAAUCAAUAGAACUACGUUGACUUGUAGCCAAAACGGAGUCAUAUCACGAGAAUGACUGUCGUUGCAAUUGCUGGAGGUACAGGCGACCUCGGCCGUACCAUAGUCGAAGCUAUCGCUAAGACUGGCAAGCACACAGUCUAUGUCUUGAGUAGAAAUGCCGAUGCCACACAUCCAAUAGCAGCCGUCGCAAAGCUUGUUGCCCUGGACUAUGGCAGUCCUUCCCAAAUCAGCGAUGUCUUGCAGCAACUUCAUGUUGAGACGGUCAUCUCAACUUUGAAUCUGAACUGGCCAGGGUCUCCUCAGGCACAGCUCAAUCUCAUCCAGGGCGCGGCACAGUCAGGAGUUGUAAAGAGAUUUAUCCCAAGCGAGUUCAAUAUUGAUUACAAUGUGUCCGAAGAUCGAAUGCCUUAUCCUCCACGUAUUGAUCAACUCAAAGCUAUACAAGAACUCGAACAGUAUCCUCAGUUGACAUACACUCUCAUAAGAAAUGGAAAUUUCAUGGAUUACCUCGGGCUUCCGUUCGCCGAUACGUUUUUGAAACCCCUCUAUAUGGUCGUGGAUCUUCCAGCUGCAGAAGCUGCAAUCCCGGGCGAUGGAACAGCAAUGGUGACCUUCACCCACACUACAGAUGUAGGCAAAUUCGUGGCGGCACUUCUUGAUGUUCCUGCUUCUCGAUGGCCACUUGAAUCAACUGUUAUUGGGGAAAAGAUUGUACUGAAUGACUUGAUUUCUUUGGCAGAGAAGGUCACAGGCCAGCAGUUCAAAAAGACAUUCGACUCCCUUGAGCGCUUACGGAAAAUGGAAACCACGGAGUUGCCGUCAAACAGGCCAUCCUAUCCAUUCUUUCCAGGAGGAAAGGCUGAGCUUGACAUGGUUGUCAGUACUAUGAUGGUUGGUAUGGCUACAGGUGUGUUCGAUAUCUCAGGAACAAACCUACAGACACUCGCCCCAGACAUCGAGACCAUGAAAAUCGAGCCGUUCUUGAAAACGUGCUGGGCAAAGGCACAAAAGCAAGAAACUGGGUGACAAGGUCAGGGCCUAGUUGAGAUGGCUCUUUUCUGCCUGUCGCGUAAUUUGGAUUCGAACAGUUCCUAGAGACGUAUAUACAAGAGCGUAGUCACUAAUAUCCAUUGCCUCU